ACCAAUCACCAUCAAAGACGAAAAAGGAACGAAAAUGGACGACGCGAAUCGCAGCGCUCCGUUUCCUUUUUCACAGCAGCUGCGGCCACUCAUUUCACGGACGAAAAUGGACAACAGCCAACCACAGCCAAGCGGGGAGCGGGGGAGCUGAAACCGGAAGAUGCGUGGCCCCUGGCCCGGGAAAUUUAAAGAGCUGGCUGUCUGAAAAAUAUGAGAGAGUUUAUUUGUUUACGUUAUGUAAUGUUUUUAAUUCUGAUGUACAUUCGAAAUAAAGUUAGCGAAUUAAAGUUUAGUUUUUAAUCGAAUUAAAACGUCUCCCGCUCGUACGAUACUGAGCUAAUAGCGAAUUAAAACCUCUCCCGCUCGUACGAUAUAAAUUUAAUCCAAUGAAAUGGCUUCCCUCCAAAUCUUUAUUCAGUAUAUAAAUACUGUAAAUACUGUAAUUUCCAUUGCCGAAGUCCGUCACCUAUCGAGAAAGAAGAAGAAGAAGAAGAAAAAGAAGAGACUGCUCUCACACCUCAAAAACUCAAAUCACUCUUUAGAGGAUACAGGAGUCUGUCACUGUCACCGCAGUAGUCUGUUACUGUUAGUGAAAGAUGACUUCUAAAAGUCACAAAGCUAUGGGGGAUGACGAGUGGAUGUCACGCCUAAAGAGGUUUGCUGCUUCUGGGAUCUGGCCCUCUGACGCAGGCAACCGGCCCGCACCCAGACAAAAGAAGUGGUAUGACCUCUAUCAGAAGAUAGAGAAGUGUCCACUGCAGUCCCGUGGACAAACCACUUUGUUUCGCGGGUAUCGGAGUUGCAACUGUGGAUUUCAUAUUAUCAGGGCCCCUAGUCAUCCUGUGACUUCAGUCACAACCACAGCCUCCCCCUCUUCCCCAGUACAGAGCCCUCGCCAACCUGCACUAACUUUGUCUAUGUUUGAUAGGCAACGUUUUGGUGGGACACACAGUGCUGUGGCCAAACCUAAUUUGGUCUCUCGUAAGCCAUGCCAGCCACUACCCUGCCCUGCCGUCACCUCAAGCAGCGCCAGCACUGGCAGUACAUCCAUCUACACUGUCAUCCCUUCCAGUCCUGAUGAGACCUACACCAUCACUCCUGGCACCCCUCGCACCCCUAGUCCUGGUGAGGUAUCUGUUAGGACCACCACUUCAGGUAGCCCUAGUCCUUCUGAGGCUGCUUUGAGGACCACUACUGCAGGCUGUAUUAGUCCUGCACAGACACCCACCACCAUGUCUACGGUUGUUGCCAGCUCUGUUGGUGAGGAUCUGGCUGGUCCUGCUUCUGCUUCAUUUUGGCUUCCUGUUGAGAUGAAGAACUCGAUUCCAGUGCAGGAUCAACGAUGGAUUGCCUCUGCCCUCUACCAUGCCGGAAAGCUGCGCCCCGACUUAAAGCUGUGGUAUGAGCCUCCCGUGCCAUUGCACAUCUACCAUCAGGCUCCAACACCAGAUCGCUUUUUCACCCACCGGCUCAUGGUGUGGAUGCCCUACCACCAGUGGAAAGUUAGGGUGUUCUGUCCAACCUGUGGCAAGCAGCUGACUGGCUAUGGUGUACAUAAGAGAGUGCGCAAAGUCCUGGACAUUGAUACCUUCUAUCUGCUGGUGACAGAGAUCCUCAGGUGUACUCUGUGUCGCCUGACGUUUUUGUCUACCAGUCAGACAGUCCGGGACCAGCUAGACUUACCCCAUCAAAAGAUGUUCCGUCUCAUCCUGACACAGAAGUAUGCAUGUGACAUCCGCGUUAUUCGUCUGCUUCGGGACCGGACUCUGGGUAACAGCCCUACCCGACUGGUGAAGCAGUUAAAGGAGAACCACGGUGAGGAAUGGUUGAACCGGCUGGCCCACUACUUGGAGGAGUGUGCAAGCUUUGUGAACCGCCCCAGCCUUUUCCCAGUGGCCUGCCAGGAACCCCCUGAACCAAUAGAUGUGCCCACCAGUCGCUGGCUCCUGUCUGUGUAUGGCAGAGACAUCAUCAGCCGGAUGGAUCACAUCAAGGCCACCAUCACAUCCACCUUUGGGUCCAUUUUAAAGAUGGACUCAACUAAAAAGAUCACAAAGAAGUUGGCUGGCAUAGGCAGGGGGACGGCAUUCUGGCUGACCUCUGUGGGCAACGAGAUUGGUCAAAUCCUCAUCAGUGUUCUCACUGCUGAGGAGGGUGCAGGUCUGAACCUGAUGACAUCUGACCUGAUGAAGAGAUACAGCCAGGCUGGCGUGGCUCCUCCUAAGGUCCUGUAUGUGGAUUCCCACUGCUGCGUGGAGGAGGGACUCAGCAAGCUGCAGCAACGGUUUGCGCAGUGGCCCAACCUCCAAAUUAGGCUGGACAUCUGGCACUUUAUGCGGAGGAUGUCUGCAGGGUGCACCACAGACGCCCAUGCGUUGUAUCCCACCUUUAUGGCUGGCCUGUCAUCUUGUAUUUUUGAGUGGGAUCCAGAAGAUGUGGCUUUACUGCGCCGGGCAGUCCGUGAGCAGCUCAGACAGGAGGGUGUGUCGUUUAUUAGUGAUGCCUUGGUGGACAAGCGCAUUACUAAGAAUGACCUGGCUUUCCACUGUCGACGGAGAACUCGUGGAGAGCAGACCACCAUCCAGCUAAUUGACCGUCUGCUCCACGAGCUCUUAGGAGACAAGGGCAGAGACCUAAUGGGUAUCCCUCUGCUUGACAAGGUGAGGAUGGAGUACAUCUGGCGUGUUCAGAAACGACACAUUAGGUGUAUUCAGGAUGUGCCAGGGAUACCUCUAUACACAGAAACAGGCACUACCACCAAGGGGGGCAUUGUGCUUACAAGGUACAGAUGUGCCAGGGGGUCCACAUCACUGGAGUCAUUUCACUGCCAUCUGCAGAGAUUUAUUCCAGGAACCACUGCAAACAGCUUAAAUUUUCAGCUGUACCUCCUGGAAGGUCUCAGCAGGUGGAAUCAGGACAGAGCAGCUGCAUCCGUGGCUAGCCAGCCAGCCUCUCUGAUGACCUAUGCGGGGGAUGUCCUUCACUGUGUGAACACCAACAGCCUGAAGGUUUUUGGCAGGAAAUACGUCUCAUCUUUUCAACCCCCUGCAAAGUACACUGGAGAGCUGAUUGGUGUGGACUAUCUGCUAAGACAGACAGGACUGCCCCUGCAAGACGUCAAUCCGGACUCAGAGGAGACUGAGGGCUUACUGGAGGACCUGGCAGAGGAAGACGAACAAGAAGAUGAAGGGUUUGAGGAGGACCAUUCAUUGGAUCUGACGUUCCCAAGUCUUGACUCGUCAACCUCUGCUCAGCCAGGAAUGCCAUGUGUCCAGCCUGCACUGCUGCCCUCUGCCCAGCCUGGAUUGCCCCCUGUCCAGCCUGCACCAUCGCCCUGUGUCCAGCCUGCACUGCUGCCCUCUGCCCAGCCUGGAUUGCCCCCUGUCCAGCCUGCACCAUCGCCCUGUGUCCAGCCUGCACUGCUGCCCUCUGCCCAGCCUGGAUUGCCCCCUGUCCAGCCUGCACCAUCGCCCUGUGUCCAGCCUGCACUGCUGCCCUCUGCCCAGCCUGGAAUGCCCUCUGUCCAGCCUGAGGCCACCAUCACCCUUCCUGUUAGUGUCUCAGGUGACCCACAGCAGGUCCCUGAAGAGCAUUUGCCUGCACUUCUGCCCUCUGUCCAGCCUGCACUUCUGCCCUCUGUCCAGUCUGCACUGCUGCCCUCUGUCCAGCCUGCACUGCUGCCCUCUGCCCAGCCUGGAUUGCCCCCUGUCCAGCCUGCACCAUCGCCCUGUGUCCAGCCUGCACUGCUGCCCUCUGCCCAGCCUGGAAUGCCCUCUGUCCAGCCUGAGGCCACCAUCACCCUUCCUGUUAGUGUCUCAGGUGACCCACAGCAGGUCCCUGAAGAGCAUUUGGCAGUGGAUGAGCAUGGCAUGCCAGGUAUGGAUCGGGUAGACAGCUUGGCAGAGUAUCUGGUGGAGCUCAGGACACAAACAUCUCUGACCCUCAGCAGACAGCAGGCAAGCACCAUUGUGGCCCUGUGGCAGAACAUGCUUGAUUACGACAAGCAGCGGGUGGUGUUUGCUGCCAGGCACCAAGAUAAGCUGACAACUGGGAGAUUCCGGUCACCUAAAAAGAGGGCUGAAUUUACUCCUGGGAUGGACAGCUUGAAGAGAAGCGCCCUUACCACCACUGCUCCGCUGGCACAGUGGCCGGAUUGCUGCCGUCUUGUUGAGGCCAUUUUUGUAAGGCUUUGUGGCCUCCACAAGAGUCCAAAAAAACAAGGGCGGACCACUCUCACAAGAUGGUCACUGAUUCUUCAGGACUACCGCAAAAUACGGCAGCUUAUCUUAGGCAACGGCACCAUAAUGCAGGAAACAUCAAUACAGCUGGUGGAAGUUAACCAAACAACACUGAACCAGUGGCACAACCGCAGGGUGAAAAAGCAAGACAAUGCCCUUGUGUUGCAGGGCAUUGACCUUCCCAGUCGGGUCCCGGUGGCUGCUGAGACUCUCCUGGCAGCAAAUGUGCGUCCUGCUGUCACUCCACAGGUACCUGGUGAGCCACACACUUAUCACCUACCUGACAACACAACGGGACAGGCAGUAACUAAGAAGAUGGCAACUGAUGCAGUUGCGGCUGCCCCAGCAGCUGUUAGACCCAAGGUGGCGUCAAAGAGGCAGCUUUUUCCAAAGCCUCCAACCCCAGGGCCUCCUCAGUUCUUGCCGUCAUCUUCCAUGCCUCCUGUCCUCUUUGGUACCCCACAAACCCAUGUAAUUACUUUUAUUCCGCUUCCUGGUCAGCAGUAUCCCCUUACCCAAGCCAGUGUUUCUAAAGCAUCGCCUGCCACCACUUCUACCGCAUCUGCUCGCCGAAAACCCUACCAAAAGAAAGUCCUCACAAACACCUGCAGGAAAUGUGGCCAGUACAGGACUGCUGGGACAGGGCACAGCCAGUAUAAAGGGACAAUCUAUUGCCCCUCGACAGAGGCGCUCUCGAAGGAGGAAUGGCUGGAGCAGAUGAGACGGAAGUAGUUACUGUUUUAUGUUGCUUGCACUUCAUUUUAGCACCCACACUUUUAUAGCUAUAAUAAUAUAUUCUGAUAUUAUAUUAUAAUUAUGCUAUUAUAUAUAUUUGCUUUAAUUGUCUAUGGUAUAUUAUUAUUAUUAUUAUUAUUAUUAUUAUUAUUAUUUAUUCUAUAGUUGAUUGCACUCAUUGCUUUUAAUACAUAUAUAACAUUUUAACAUAUCUGUCUUUUAAAUAUCUGACUUGUCUAGAUAUUUUAAGAUAAUAUUACAUUGUAAUCAUGCUAUGUUAUUAUAGUAUUUGUUCUAUAAUUGAUUGCACUGUUUUAUAGCACUUACUGAUUUAUAGUUAUAAUAAUAGUAUAGUAUAUCUUUAUUUUAUAGAAUUAAUUAUUAUAUUAAUAAUUAAUUCCAUAUUGUAUUACUUUUUGGGUAUUCAUCAGUAUCAGUAUUAAGCAUUUUUCAUUCUCUAAGUGAUUGCUUUCACUGUUUCAUGGUUAUUAUAUUAUAUUAUAUUAAUUA